AUGUAACUCACUCAAAAACCAGCUACUAUCUAUUAAGUACGUUAAUCAUCAGUUACACCACCUUAAAAAUAGCAUCUCAAUCCUAACUAUAUGAGUUGUUAAAAAAUGAGAAUGUAAUAUUCCAAUUCUUAUAUUCAAGGAGCAUUAUUGAUUAAUUAUCUCCAAUCAAAGAUUUACCUGUUAAUCAAAGUCAAAGAAGUUCUUUCUAUUAAGUUAGAGGCAAAUCUGGAUCUACUGCCACUUUAAUGCCAAAUAAAACCUAACCUAAUAGAUUAUUAGAUUCUACUAGUUUUAAUACGACCUUGAAUUACACAUAAGAAACUCAUUUCGAUAAAAAAAUUAAUACUGUUCCAAAAGGAAUCAAAAUAAAUAGUUUUGAAAUUUUGAAAGAUUAACUUAGAUUUGCAAUUUGCUAACUAGAAGAUCUUAAAAAAUAGUUUGAUAAAGUUGUUUAGAGUUAAUUCGAUUAACUCAUUUAAGUGAUCAAAUCUUCUGCGUAAUUAUCUAAUUCAUUAGUGGAAGAAAACUUUUAGAUUAAAAAUUAAUUAAAUUCAUUGCAAAGAAAUUCAGAGUAUGAUAAACUCAAAUUAAUAAUGGAACAAUUACAACAAAAAAUCACUGUUUUGGUUAAUGAUAAUUCGAAAUUGAAUCACACAAUUAAUUAUUAGCAAGAAGAAAAUAAAAAACUUUAAUAUUAAAUAUCAGAAUCAGAUAAAAGAUAUUAAGAUUUGUUGUUAUCAUAAAAUAAGCAAUUUAAAGAGAAUAUGAACCCAAACAUCAACCAUAAUUUACACAUUAAUAAUCAUCCGAAUUCCUCUAAUACCAAAAGCAAUUAUACAUAAAGAGAAUUAAGUUAUAAAUUAGAACAAGCAGAAAUCAAAUUACUUACUUUACAAAUAAGCAAUGAUAAUCUCAGAUAAUAAUUACAACAUACCUAGUUAGAUCAUUAAACUUUUUAAUAAUUAAAGGAAACUAUAACUUCCUUGGAAGUCAAAUCAUAAAGCUUUUUGAAUUAGAAAGAUUCUCUCUAACAAGAGAAUGAUCUUCUAAAUCAAAAGAUAUAGAGUCUUGAAAAAUAAUUAAAAGAUUAGACUCAAAAAGUAGAAUAUAUUAUUUACAUUAAUUAAUUAGAAAAUGAUUUAAAAUAAAUAAAACAAGAAUUAAAUAAUAAUCACUAAACUAUAAGUUCUCUCAAUAAUACUAUAGCUUAAUUGAAGGAAUAAAUAAGUAUAUUAAAAAUUUAAAAAGACUAAUCUGAAGUAUAAACUUAUUUAAUAAUAUUAGAAUACUUACAUAUAAUAAGUUCAAUCUUAAUAAAAUGAAUUAUAAUAAGCAAGUUCAAGAUAUCAAAAUUUAUGGCAAGAGAUUUCUGAAAUGAGAGAACGUUUAGAAUAAAGAUAAAUCUAAGAGGAGAGUCAUAAUAUGUUAUCAAAUGCAGAAAAAGAGUUAUUUGAAACUUAAAUAUCUAAUUUAAAUGAUAAAAUAAAAGACUAUGAAUAAAUUCUACUACACUAUGAAUCUAAAUCAAGGUAGUUAAUGAGUAUUAAAUUAGAUAAUUAGAGUAGUAGGUGAGCUAAAAUUAAUUAGAGAUGGAUAAUUAUAAAAGGUAAUUAGAUCAUAUGAAUAAUUUUAAUAAUAACUCUUUGGAAAUACAGGAGUUGCAAUGGAAAAUAAAUCAGCUAAGUAUUUAUUUUAAUUUAGUAUGUAGAUUAAAUAAUUUAGAGAAAGGAUAAGGAUUAUUAAGUAAAAACAGAUGAGUUACAAUAAAUAAAAUAAGCAUUUGAGUAAUAAAUAAAGAAAAACUAGAAUUUGGAAAUGAGAAUCUUACAUAUUAUGGAAUAAGAAGUAAAAACAAACACCAAUUUGAUAAGAAAAUCUUGA